AUGCCUGCCGCCUACAGUAAUACAGAAGUCGCAACCGAUAGCCGAGUUCUUGCUUUAAUCUACAGGGUAAAAUACUUGAUCCUUUCUCAGGUAACGCCUGAUUACAAGUCAACGUUUGUGUUCGACAACGAUUUCCCUUCCUUCACGGAUUUCCCUGAUGAUGGCGGUAAUUCAGAGAACGGAGGCUCAGAUUCCCGACUUUGCUUUUCGUCGUGGGCGAGUCUACCUAUUCCAGGGGUUGAUUCGGCAGAGGAUGAGCUGUUCCGUCAGAUGGAAAUACGAGGAGUUUGCAGAGUGAUCUGUUACCAUCCAGACACCAAACAGAGCAUAGCCACAAUGUCGCUCGAGGAGGUUUGUCGUGUUCGGUUUUGGGACAUGAAUGAACUUCGCGUAGCCAACCCUGAUCGCUAUUCCCCUAUCCCCUCCCUGUUCCCCCAUGUUCACAUUUAA